ACUAAGUAGUUCGCCUCGCUCGAACUCCAGCCACGAGUUUAAAAGUACUUAUAUAAUUUAAAAAGAAAAACUUUUUACCCCCAAUUACCCUAAACGGUCUCCGCCACUGUCGUGAUGUCAGUCCCCGUUAGGAAUGAGUAUCUAACCUCAUUCGUCUCCUCGUGCUCGCCGCGUUUAGAUCCUUUGUUCUUUAAUCUACAGGUUUUUUCUUUCAAUUGAAAAUGGGAAAGUCUAAGAGACGACGUUCUCGUAGCAGGGGUAGUGAUACUGAGCCUCUUAAGGCCGGAAAUUUAUUGAAACGGUUGCACCGUUUGGAAAGAAAAUUGGCGAACUACCAACACAAAGGCAGACGAGAACAUUCUCACUCUCCGGGCGACGCUUCACGUCCCUCGUCAAGCAGGCGCUCCCGAUCUAGAUCUCGACGAUGUUUUCCGGAUCAUCAACCUCGAGAUAAGUUUGCUUCAUUAAGUAAAACAGAUCAGACAUAUUCGUUGAGGAUGACGAGCAUUUCACCAGCUUCUAGUCGUUCACGCUCGCCUAGCUGUUAUCCUAGAAUGCGCAUUAGCUCUCCCUCUUCAGGCGAGAGAGUUUUGCACUCGCCAGAGGCAGGUCGUCAUCACGACCCUAUGUCUCCACCAAAAGUGCCUGUAGGUGAGCCUUCUGUAGAUUUAAACUUGUUAGAGGGAGUGACUACUAGAUCAAACGUUGACGAUAUUCGGGAUGAUGGAAGUGUUCUGGUUUUACAAGACGACCUCUCUUUAGAGGAUCUAUCCGAAAUCGCAGUCACAGCCCAGACGUUGGAACCAUAUUAUUGCCAAUGGUCUGGCAAAGGACAGUGUUGAAGUCCUCAAGAAGCAAUAUUCCAACCCUGAUAACUGUGUGCAUCUUCUCCCGCCCAAGUUGAACCCAGAGAUUGCAGCCAUUCUUCUUAAUGAUAGGUUGGCUCGGGAUUCGUUUAAUGCCGAAAUUCAUUCUGAAAUAGCCACAGCUCUCUGUGCAAUGGGCAAGUCCAUGACACUGCUCCUUAACUCUACAGAUGUUUCGAGAGAAUUUCGGAAUCAGCUCUUAUCUCCGUUGGGGGAUUCUAGUAGAGUUCUGCUUAUCACAGCCUUUUGGGAAGGGGAGAGGCACUACAUUCAGAAAGACUUCCACUACCACUCGUGGUAUCUCUAGAGCAGAAUCUCGGUCUUUAAACCGUUACGGCCCGGUUCGUCCCAGGGGACAAGCGAAACCAUCUCGAGGCCACCCGUCCCAGAGACAGGGAAAGUACAGGCGCUAGAGAACCUUCAGCAGUCCAUCACCUCACCCGUUGGCGGACAAGCUCUCUUUGUUGGCAGCCAGACUAUCAGGGAGGCGUUCAAGUUGAUGUCCUUACCGAAUAACGUUGUGGAAACUAUCCUUAAGUCACUGUCCGAAGCAACUGUCAAACAAUAUGGAGCAACGUACAAACGCUGGUUACCUUUCUGUGCAGAUAGGGGGGUGAAUCCGUAUGAGGGCACACCUUCUUUAGUGAUGAGUUUUUUACAACAUCUUUUUGAUACGGAAGAAAAUGCCUACGGAACAUUUAAUUCUCAUCGCUCAGCACUAUCGCUGAUCACGUCAACAGAUUUGUCGAGUCAUCCAGUCUUAUGCAGAUUUUUAAAGGGUAUAGCAAAACUUCGACCGUCAAGACCCAGAUACAAUGUAGUGUGGGACCCACAAGUAGUUUUAGCGUACUUGGAGCGGCUCGCAAUGGAUUCGUUAAAAGCAUUGUCCGAGAAGCUAAUAACUCUUUUAGCACUUACAACUGCUCACCGAAUACAAACUUUUUCGUUAAUUCGAAUAGAGAAUAUUAUAGAAUCGGGAAACGGAUUUCAAAUUUUGAUUGAAGAUAAGAUCAAGACAUCAGGGAUAGGUAGAACCCAACCGUGUCUACACCUUCCAUACUUUACAGAAAACCCAAAGCUUUGUGUCGCUACAGCUCUAAAACAAUAUUUGACUGCUACCAAGGGAAGGCGCACGUCAGUUAGAGACUUCCUAUUUUUAACCUAUAAGAAACCGUACCGCACUGCAAGCAAGCAGUCCCUUAGUAGAUGGGUGAAGGAUACGUUGGAAGAAGCAGGUAUAGAUACGAGAAUCUUUAAGGCUCACUCCACUCGCCAUGCUUCGACAUCUAAAGCCUUUGAUUUAGGUGUACCAUUAGAAGUAAUUCGGCAAACAGCGGGGUGGUCAACAAACUCGAAAACCUUCUGUCAGUUUUAUAACAGACCUAUUUCUCAGGUUGGCACACUAUCAAAAGCCAUAUUAUCAUUAUAAUGUAUAUAUAAUACAUCUUCUAUUAUAGAGAAUAACACUUAUGUUAGUCAGAUGUUGACAUUAUGUGGAUAUUUCAUUUAAGAUUAUUGUUUCACCAUAGCUUUUAGUUUUCUUUUUUGAAUUAUAUGAUAGUGAUAGUACCCUUCGACUGUUAUUUGUUUUUUAUCUGGGUUCAUGUGGAAAACCACUGUCUCUAAACAUCUACUUAGUAUUCUAUAAAUGUCUUCGGAUUGGAUGUCGAAUUAUAAUUACACGAUCAAACGAACUCACCUGUGAAGUUCGAUCGUAAUUAUAUGAGACAUCCAAUCCGAAGACAUUCAAACCCACCCCCCCACUCCUGUCGUUUUCCAGCACAUUUUCGAAGGGUUUACCAGUUGAUUUAUCUUUGAACUAAAUGAGGUUAGAUACUCAUUCCUAACGGGGACUGACAUCACGACAGUGGCGGAGACCGUUUAGGGUAAUUGGGGGUAAAAAGUUUUUCUUUUUAAAUUAUAUAAGUACUUUUAAACUCGUGGCUGGAGUUCGAGCGAGGCGAACUACUUAGUAUUCUAUAAAUGUCUUCGGAUUGGAUGUCUCAUAUAAUUACGAUCGAACUUCACAGGUGAGUUCGUUUGAUCGUGUAAUUUUGAAUGUGGUAGCUGUACUUACUUUUCUUCUUAAUCCACUUUCUUCCUACCUCGCUUUGCACAUAAUCUUCGGGCUUUUCAAUACCUUGCUCUAAAUGAGUAUCCUUGUGAAUAUCAUUAAAAGCAUUUUCUUCCUCUACAAUUUGUAUGCUUUGCUCUACAUGGUCUGCCUAUAAAAAGUGAACUAAAUCAAAUUUUGUAUUAACAGAAUAACGUAAAUACCAAUUC